AUGUCUCCGCCAAGCUCCCCCUUGAUCGACAACUUACGCGAGCAACACACUUCAAAGUCAUCUGAUGAGGAAAUUACGGAGGAUGAAAACGGAGAUGAGAAUGAGGAGGAAGAAGAAGACGUUGAAGAUGAUCGCGAGGGAACAGACGAGAGUAAUGAGACACAUCAAGUGGACCGUAUUCCAGCAUUAGAUGAAGAAAACGCUUCAGAUACACCCUCACCAUCUAAGCAUGCUCGUUCGUCCAAUUGGUAUCCUGAUGCAGAUUUGAAUUCCGGUUCUGCAUCAGCUUCGGAAGACGGCAAUAAGGAAGUGUUUGAUCUGAAAUACAAUGAAAGACAUGAAGGUGGAUCUGAAGUGUCAAGUCGAGGACCACUGGAGAAGUCCGGCGACACGUCAGAAACUUCCGGUGAUUCAUCCACAAAUGACCAUAUGGAUUCAUUAUCUACUGAUGCUCUCCAUGAAGUAAUAGAUCGCUCUGGACGCGAUAAAUUGGACGAAGUGGAUGCAAGUGUUAUUACCGAAGAGGCCAAGGUACUUGUCCUGUAUUAA